AUGGAACGACAUGCUAUAGACGUACCUAUUUGGUAUAGCAGCAAGGAGCGAGUCCGCACAGAACAUGAUGUAGAUUAUGAAACAGAUUCUACGACGUCGGAGGGCUCUGCAGUCGAGACAGAUGAAGAUGCAGUCACUUUUCGACCCGCCGCGAAAGCCAACGUACACCAAAUUUCGUAUCUUCUCUUCAUGUCCCGUCUCCCUCCUCUUCUACGGUCUAUUUGUAUCCAUCAGAAGCAAAAUCCAUUUUCAUACUGUCAUCGACACGUAUCAAGUCAAGAAAAACCUGAAACACCCGCGUACACAAGUGAUGACCUCGAGACCUUUCGAAGACGACGCAAAACAGACUGGAAACGGAGACAAGGAGGGCAAUCAUUUCUCGAUAAUGUCAUAGUGACAGUUAGAGGAGGAACGGGAGGUUCUGGCUGCGCCGCGUUCCACAGAGAAAAGUUCAAACCUUUCGGUCCACCUUCCGGAGGGGACGGCGGGCGCGGAGGAGACGUGUACAUACUCCCAACUUCGACUCUCACAACGCUAAGCACCGUGCCCAAGAAGGUCAGAGGUGAAAACGGCGCUCACGGGCAGGGGACGUGGCAGAAUGGCAAAGCCGGGGCACCGUACGUGAUAAAAGUGCCUGUUGGGACAGUCGUUAGACAGCUUCCUUGGGACGACCCGCGACGGGCGAAGGACGCUUGGGAGUCAGAGGAAGAGUCGUUGCAGGGCCUGUCUCCCUCUGAGAAACGCGAAAAAAUGCGGGAUAAACGAUGGGUGCAUUAUCCUGAACACCACGAUGUGAAUAUCGAACGAGACUCGUUCUUAGAGGCGGAGGAGGCAUAUUACAAUUCUGAGAGGGUACGGAGGUACGAAAGCAGAAGAAAAGCUAUGGAAGAACCGAUCUACCUCGACCUCGACAAAGAGGAAAUUUUUGAAAAACCUGUCAAUGCACCACUUGGCACGCGACAUCGAGAAAACCUAGGUCAUCUCGUUGCUUCGGGCGGCCUUGGGGGGCUAGGAAACCCUCACUUCGUAUCUGCCGAGAACCGUUCACCCAAAUUCGCAACGCGAGGAAUCGAAGGCGAGCGAGUGACACUCUCCCUGGAGCUAAAACUGCUAGCCGACAUCGGCCUCGUUGGGAUGCCAAACGCCGGCAAAAGCACAUUACUUCGAGCCCUCACAGGCGGACGGGCGAAGAGCGAAGUCGCGUCAUACGCCUUCACGACACUGAACCCCGUCGUUGGAAUCGUGCGCGUAGCAGAAGACGGCACAUUCGAAGGCUCCAUCUCCGGGCAAACAGUGCACGAGGAAACAUGGAAAGAGGAACUCGAAGAACAAGAAAAGAUCGAGCGAGGCGACUACGCCAUGUCUCCUACGCGAAACCAGAUCACAGAGGAGCUCCCCGCCAACUUAACAUCUCCGCUGAAACCAGGCCACCACUUUGACGUCUUCGAGACGUUCCGGUUCACCAUUGCGGAUAACCCUGGACUCAUUUCUCGCGCGUCAGAAAAUGUCGGUUUGGGUCAUGCGUUCUUGCGUUCUAUGGAGCGAUCACUGGCGCUUGUAUACGUCGUAGAUUUCUCCAUGGAAAAGCCCUGGGACGAGCUUUCCGUACUUCGAGACGAGCUGGAAAAGUAUCAGCCCGGAAUGAGCGAGAAGGCUAGGCUUGUGCUUGCCAAUAAAGCAGACCUCCUGGCUAGUGACGGGGACCCAGCCGCUGUUGAACAGGCUAAAGAGAAACUCAGGGUUCUUGAAGAGUAUGUUACGACGUCUAUGACGCUGCCUGACGGGCGACUAUUGGAUGUAGUUCCGAUAUCGGCCAAAUUUAGUCAAAAUCUGCGCAAGGUAGUCGGCUUGAUGCAGAAGUAUGUUGAAGAAGAAAGGGAUCGUAUGGAAGAAGAAUCGGAGGCGGACCCAUAUUCAGAGUGA